AUGGACGCCAAGACCGGCUAUACCGGCCUCACUGCCGCGGAUUUCGUCUGUGCUGGUGUAUUCAUUUGCCAAUAUUUGUGCAAGUCAGGUGCUGUUUAA